CCGCCUAGAACAGAAAUGUAUGAGUGAAUGAAAGGAAAGUGAAAGUGAAUCAGUUUCGUUUCUGCUGAAGAGUCACUCUGAGUCAAAUUCAGUGUAUCACCACUUUGUCUGAAGAGCAUUAAAGCUUCACUUCAGAUGGGUAUGACUUCGUCUACAAGAUUUCCUUUUUGCGACAUGAAAAGAGACUUCAGUGUGAGAGGGCUUUCGAACUGCAGUCUCUCCUGCUGUAUAAAUGCUUUACUGCAGUCUUUUGCAGCCACUCCAGAAUUACAGAAGGUGCUCAGCAGAUGGCAGCCGUCUAAGGAAUCCGAUGUCUACAAUGUUCCCCUGGAGCUCAAAAGAGCAUUAGAAGCCAUGAAGGAUCAUAGCCAGGCCAGGCCUCAUCAACGUUUUCUGGAGUGUCUUCACUAUAACCACAUUUGCCGGUUAACACAACAUGACGCUGAUGAAGUCUUCCACGCCAUCCUAAAUCUCAUUCAGAAGCAGAUGUCUGACCAGCAAAUUGAACUCCCACAGAGUAGAGGCUUGCGUAUGACGGAGAGACUGGAUUGUCUUUUUUGUCGCAUUUUGUUGCAGGCUGCAGAGAUCACAAAUCUUUUCAAGAUCGAGGUGGAAGGACGCUCUCGGUGUUUAGAAUGUGAGAACGUACACCGUGUCCCCACCUUCUUCCUCCGCUUGCCACUACAUCUGCAUGACGGCGAGAACACCUUGGAGGACUGUUUAAAAAUGUUCUUUGAGUCGCAGAAGUUGGAAGGCAGUGAAGCGUUUUACUGUGUCAGAUGUGAAAGGAAGACGCCAACUGAUCAGGGGCAGAAGCUUGUUUCACUGCCAUCUAUCCUAUGCAUUCACCUAAAGAGGUUCAGAAGCAACAGAGACUUUACCAAAAAGCUGAACACCAAAGUCAGUUUCCCUGAAACUAUUAACAUGGCUGAAAUGUUACCUGAGGAACGUUCCAAAGCGUCGGAGAGCAUGUACAGACUAUAUGCAGUCAUAGUUCAUUCUGGGACGGCCAUGACGGGGCACUACACGGCAUACAUCUAUUCCAAGGAAAGCAAGUGGUGUUAUGUUGAUGACAGCAACGUGACACAAGUCUGCUGGGAGACGGUUCAAGAAACGUAUGGAGGGCAAGGACGGUUCAGUGGUACUGCUUAUAUGCUGCUGUACAGGACACUGAGCUCAGAGGCAGCCCAGGAAUCCCUACGAAGAAGUUAAAGCGUCUUUAAAUCAAACUACAUGAAAUUAAGUAAAGGGCUACACUACAGACGAAUUAGAUUGUACUAGCGAUAUUGUGCAUGGAAUAUGAUAUAGAAAUAAUGUUUAUUGCGUGUAAGACAUUUGGUGUCGGUAGCAUUAAUCAUCAUAGGAAAUCAUUUUUUCUUGGGGGUAUUUAUGUAUCAGUCUCACAUUAAUGAUUCAGAUUAUCUAUCAAAAGGGCACACAAAGUAAAAUGUAUAUGAUUUAUAUUUAAUAAAAUUUUCUGUAAAA